CUAUAAAUAUACCUAUCCAGCCCUACCAUCAAAUCCAUCAGAUCUCAAUUGUUGUCUCAGAAGGUGUCUUGAUAAACGCCUUCUGUUUAGUUUUCCCAAUCUUUUUCUGUGCUCUGAUUUUGAAAAUUCCAUAAGCGAAAAUGAGAGAGUGCAUUUCAAUCCACAUUGGUCAGGCCGGUAUCCAGGUCGGAAAUGCCUGCUGGGAGCUGUACUGCCUUGAACACGGAAUCCAGCCUGAUGGGCAGAUGCCAAGUGACAAGACCGUUGGAGGAGGUGAUGAUGCUUUUAACACCUUUUUCAGUGAAACUGGUGCUGGGAAGCACGUUCCUCGUGCUGUCUUCGUGGAUCUCGAGCCCACUGUUAUUGAUGAAGUGAGGACCGGUACUUACCGCCAGCUUUUCCACCCAGAGCAACUCAUCAGUGGCAAGGAAGAUGCUGCCAACAACUUUGCCCGUGGCCACUACACCAUUGGAAAGGAAAUUGUUGACCUGUGCUUGGACCGCAUCAGGAAGCUUGCUGAUAACUGCACUGGUCUCCAAGGGUUCCUUGUUUUCAACGCUGUUGGUGGAGGCACUGGAUCUGGUCUUGGUUCUCUUCUUUUGGAGCGUUUGUCUGUUGAUUAUGGCAAGAAGUCCAAGUUGGGCUUCACCGUCUACCCAUCUCCCCAGGUCUCCACCUCUGUAGUUGAGCCCUACAACAGUGUUCUCUCAACUCACUCCCUUUUGGAGCACACUGAUGUGGCUGUUCUUCUUGACAAUGAGGCUAUCUAUGACAUUUGCAGGCGCUCUCUUGACAUUGAGCGACCCACCUACACCAAUCUCAACCGCCUUGUCUCUCAGGUGAUUUCCUCCUUGACUGCCUCACUUAGGUUUGAUGGUGCCUUGAAUGUGGAUGUGACUGAAUUCCAGACCAACUUGGUCCCCUAUCCAAGGAUCCACUUUAUGCUUUCCUCAUAUGCUCCAGUAAUCUCUGCUGAGAAGGCUUACCAUGAGCAGCUCUCCGUUGCUGAAAUCACCAAUAGUGCCUUUGAGCCAUCAUCUAUGAUGGCCAAGUGUGAUCCUCGGCAUGGCAAGUACAUGGCUUGCUGUUUGAUGUACCGUGGUGAUGUUGUGCCAAAGGAUGUCAAUGCUGCCGUUGCUACCAUCAAGACCAAGCGCACCAUUCAGUUUGUUGACUGGUGCCCAACUGGAUUCAAGUGUGGAAUUAACUAUCAGCCACCCACUGUUGUUCCUGGAGGUGACCUUGCCAAGGUCCAGAGGGCUGUUUGCAUGAUUUCCAACUCCACCAGUGUGGCUGAGGUGUUCUCUCGCAUUGACCACAAAUUUGAUCUUAUGUACGCCAAGCGUGCCUUUGUUCACUGGUAUGUGGGUGAGGGUAUGGAAGAAGGAGAAUUCUCUGAGGCUCGUGAGGAUCUUGCUGCACUGGAGAAGGAUUAUGAAGAGGUUGGUGCUGAGUCAGGUGAGGGUGAAGAGGAAGGUGAUGAUGAGUACUAAGUAUAUCUGAGUGAGGGCUUGCGUUUUGUGACCCAGUGAUUUGUUGUCUUUUAUCACGUGUUGCUUCUGUAUUGUGUGAGCUUCUCUUCGAAAUUUGUUAAAAGACUUGAUGUGGUAUUCUAUGCACAUUAAUUAGUCUGUUGACUGUUGUGUUUGUGUUGAAACGUGAUGUGGUUCCUUUUUUUUCAUUGUUGCUAUUGAUUCAUGUUAGUUUUGAGAGAGGUUGCUAUCUUGCCAUAAUAAGAAAUUAAAUCUACUAUUUGCCAUAAAAUA